AUGGAAGUAGAUCAACAUGAGGGAAUGAGUGGCAAUUUGGAGUGUGAUAUAUCACCCCACAAAAGGUAUAUAUACAUAUUAUAUAUAUGUAUUAUAUAUUAUGUAAUAUUCUAUUGUUUGUUUAUCAAGGAAUAAGCUUUGAAAGUAUAUAAUUAUACUCAAUAAUUAAUUAUUUUCUAUUCAUCCAAUUCUAUAGUAUAAUUGAUCAAACUAAUACAUCCACAAAAAUGAAUACAUCCUUAUUCACUGAUGAUGAAGGUGAGCACUGAUACUGCAGACAGCUCUGGUUUAAGGCUUUUAUAUAACAAUCAAUUUAUUUGCACAUGUGGGGGCAACUGAAAUACAGUUACUGAUACAUGACACAUGCUUUUAAUGUCCCUUUUGUUUGUAGUCGACAACAUGAUCUUUCACAGUCAGCCAUUGGAGACCUGAAUGCUGAUAGAGAACUGGGAGAAUAUGAUUCAGAAGAUAGUGGGUAAGAUAAAUAUAGAAAUGUCUUAGUUAAGCUAUUUCAUUAACAGUAAUUUUAUUUUAGUAAGUGUAAUCAGUUUGUUGUGUUAGAAACAACACUGUCUGUUUGUGUACUGCACAUUCUCAUACUGUGCAUGGUACCGGAUCUAGCUUAGGUGUUCUAGUCUAUUUACACUUUUUUUGUAUUGUCAUAUAAUUAUAUAGUUCAACUGACCCAACAAUGGAUCUGGAUGACAAUUCAGAUGAUGGAAUAUCUGGAGAGGACAUUUAGUGAGUUUUGGUAUUUCUUGUUCAUAUACAGUGGUCUGAAUUUUAAAUAUGGGUAUUGUAUGCUACCAUAGGCCGGUGGUGGUGGCUUAUUUGUUUGCCCUUUUUACUCUACGUAUUUACUCUACAAAUGUGUUUUACAUAUACAGUAUGCCAUUCAUGUCAAAUGACCAAACCAUAGGUUUUAUAAAAUCUAUUAAUUACCAUUAAAAUCUAUAAAUAUGGCCAUUGAAAUCUUCUUAACACCGGACAAUAUGUUUGCCAACACAUGUAUAGUGUAUGACGUAUAAUUCAUUCCAAUCCAUUAAGCUGCAAUGAUGCACCUUAAUGUGCCUAUAAUGCAACCUUUUUACUAUAUGCAUAGAGUAUUGUUUGAAAUACUGGGUAAAUUGAUAUAUCUGUUACUUAUUUUGCAAACAGUUCCAUUGAGUCUGAUGUUGAUGAUGAACAGAAAGAUCUGCCAAUGACAACAACAACAACAACAACAACAACAACAACAACGACAACAACAACAACAACAACAACAAACCCACCACAAGUCCCAGAGGUUGCCAGUACCAGCAGCAUAACAUAUGGGCCUCAUCGUAAACUGAGUAGGGGUGAGGAAAUAAACAAAUUCCCACACGAAUUUGAGAUGGUCAAGGAAAGCAAAUUUGUCUGCUCCCUUGUGUUAUUACUCCAGGUAUUCCAAGCUCGCUGUCAGACACCUGGUUGUGUGAAUGCACCAACAGUCAGCUAUCGUUUUGUUUGUGCUUCGUUAUUCAUUGAUUCUGUUUGCUCAUCUGGUCACAAACAUAGAUUUUGCUCUUCGCAUGAACUUGGGGAAGGAGUCUAUGUGAACAGCCUACAAGCAGCUGUCUCUAUCUUGCUGUCAGGCAAUAGUUUUGCCAAAAUUGAGCGAAUGGCAAAGUUUUAUGAUUUGGCACUUCUUUCAAAGUCAACAUUUUAUCGCUAUCAGCGUUUAUAUCUGUUUCCCGAAAUAAAUGAGUGGUGGGCAUGGACAAGGCAAGAACUUCUGAAGGAAUUUGUUGGGCAAGAUAAUGUCAUUGGUGGUGAUGGACAGUGUGACUCAUCAGGUUUUAAUGCCAAAAAUCUAUGCUAUUUUAUGGUUGAAGCCAAUAGCAACUACAUCAUCGAUAUUGAAAUAUUAGAUAAGAGGCAUGUUGGUUUAGCAUCAACCAACAUGGAAAGGGAAGCUGUUAAGCGUGGGUUGGAGAGGCUGACCCAAAACAUAAAAGUGGUGCAAUUUGUGACAGAUGCAUCAACUUCUGUUAAAGCACUACUUGGUAUGUACAACACACAUAUAACUUUAACCCAAUGAGUCACAUUGCGCUCUCCUUUAUUAUUUUUACUCUCCCUAAUGCCAGACGACUUUACUUGUUAAGGGUAUAGCGCUAGCGCUUAAUAGUAAUCAUUCUGUUGGAGUGCAACCUAAUAUUAUUCAUCUCAAUUUUCAGAAAACAACUUCCCUACCAUGGUGCACAGUCUAGAUGUCUGGCAUAAGUCCAAAAGUAUCAAAAAGUGUCUAGCAAAG